ACAACUAACGUUACAGAUUAUUCAUAAUGGUUAAUAUUCCAAAGACUAGAAAGACCUACUGUAAAGGUAAGGAAUGUCGUAAACACACCCAGCACAAGGUCACUCAAUACAAGGCUGGUAAGGCUUCCUUGUUUGCUCAAGGUAAGAGAAGAUAUGACCGUAAGCAAAGUGGUUACGGUGGUCAAACCAAGCCUGUGUUUAAGAAGAAGGCCAAGACUACCAAGAAGGUUGUGUUGAGAUUGGAAUGUGUCAACUGUAAGACCAAGUUGCAAUUGUCAUUGAAGAGAUGUAAGCACUUUGAAUUGGGUGGAAACAAGAAACAAAAAGGUCAAGCUUUGCAAUUUUAAGGUUUAUUAUAUAUCUUAUUCAUGUAUACUUAAGAAUAAACUAAUCAUUGAUAGAGGUA